UUAUUACAUAAACAAAAAGAAAAAAAAAAAAGAAAAAAAAAACCAGCUAGCUAAGCUAUAAUAUCAAUCCACCGCUACCUGUGGCGUUGAAUCAGUUUCUCUCAAAAUUGCCAUUUUUUUCUAAAUUCAGCUCUUUGGAACUGGGAGCUUUGAGACUACUGGGAAGGGAAGUGGUUUGGUUUGGUUUGUUUGGGGUUGGCUAGGGCUUUUGGUUCUUCUUCUUCUUCUGCUUAUUUGGAAUUGGGGAUUUAAGGUUCAUUCUCUAUGAAUUUUGGAAGAUGAGUUGCUUUUCUUGCUUUACUCGUCGCCGAAACGAUUCCAGCAGGGUUGAGAUUGAUACUGGUACUCGAUCUUCAGGUAGUGGAAGAGGAAAAUCAAAUUCUGAUGGUUUUGGGCGAAAGGGUGUUGGCAGCCCGAAUAAAUGUGCGGCGCGUAGCUUCACGUUCCGGGAACUUGCUUCGGCCACUAGGGGCUUUAAAGAUGUGAAUUUGAUCGGUGAAGGAGGUUUUGGUAGAGUUUUCAAAGGCCGCUUGGAAUCAAACCAGGUUGUUGCCAUCAAGCAACUUAAUCAUGACGGCCUCCAGGGGUUUCAGGAAUUUAUUGUUGAGGUUCUUAUGUUAAGCUUGCUACACCAUUCUAAUCUCGUUACUUUAAUUGGCUACUGCACUGAUGGAGAUCAAAGGCUAUUGGUCUACGAGUACAUGCCGAUGGGUAGCUUGGAAGACCAUCUUUUUGAUCUCGAUCCUGAAAAGAAGCCACUGAGUUGGAAAACUCGAAUUAAAAUUGCUGUUGGUGCAGCACGUGGUAUUGAAUAUCUCCAUUGCAAAGCUAACCCACCGGUUAUCUACCGUGACUUGAAAUCAGCAAAUAUCUUGCUAGAUAAUGACUUUAACCCAAAGCUCUCGGACUUUGGACUUGCCAAACUCGGCCCUGUUGGUGACAAUACUCAUGUUUCCACCAGAGUUAUGGGCACAUACGGAUACUGUGCACCGGAGUAUGCCAUGAGUGGCAAAUUGACUCUGAAAUCAGAUAUUUAUAGCUUUGGUGUAGUCUUGUUGGAGCUCAUUACUGGACGAAAGGCAAUAGACAUCACAAAGAGACAAGGAGAACAAAACCUUGUUUCUUGGUCUCGUCCAUAUUUGAAGGACCGGAGGAAGUUUGCUCUACUUGUCGAUCCAAUCCUACAAGGGCACUACCCUGUUCGUUGUUUGCAUCAUGCAAUUGCUAUUACAGCAAUGUGUCUUCAAGAACAGCCAACAUAUCGUCCUCACAUUAGCGACAUUGUUGUGGCUCUCGAGUACUUGGCUUCCGAAAAGGACAUAUCAGAGCGUAAAAGGGAUGAGUUUCAUAAUUCUCCUUUGGCAUCGUCACCUCCAAUCCAGGGCAGGAAUGGUUUUACGCAGAGAUCAGACUCCAGAAUGAGUUCAUCCUCAAUUUAGUCUUUGUUUUGGUGCAGUUGCUGACUUUGAUCAAGUUUAUAGCCACUCCCAAGAGAAUAAAUUCUUAAUACCAGUGUCAUAUAUAUAUAUAUAUAUAUCUGUAUCUAAGAAUGAUUAUGGUUUAUAUAUAAAAUAUGUUUUCUCUUGUAAAUAUGUUAUUGGGGUUCUGAUAGUGUGGCGUUUUGAUGAAGCAUAAAUUAAGCAUAUCUCUCAGGUAACAUGAUAUCAUAAAGAGAAGAAGAAGAAGUUGAAGAAGAAGAAGAAGAAGAAGACGACGAUGAUGAUGAAAAUCAUGCUUUCUUGUAUGAAAGAUUAUUUAGUUUUUUCUAUAUAGAUUGUUUAACGUAAGUACUAGGAAGGACUUAUUAUAUACAAAAAUGAAAUAACACCAAUAUUUAUUUUCA